AUGGCGAUCGUCUACGCGGUCGUAGCGAGAGGCACAGUCGUCCUAGCCGAAUUCAGCGCCGUCACGGGAAACACAGGCGCCGUGGUGCGACGAAUCCUCGAGAAGCUUUCACCGGAAACCGCCGAGGAGAGACUCUGUUUCUCACAAGACCGUUACAUCUUCCAUAUCCUCAGAUCCGAUGGACUUACCUUUCUCUGUAUGGCCAACGAUACCUUCGGAAGGAGGAUUCCGUUUUCGUAUUUGGAAGAUGUUCAUAUGAGGUUUAUGAAGAAUUAUGGGAGAGUGGCAAGUCAUGCUCCAGCUUAUGCUAUGAAUGAUGAGUUUUCUAGGGUUUUGCAUCAGCAGAUGGAGUUUUUCUCGAGUAAUCCGAGUGUUGAUACUCUUAAUCGUGUUAGAGGAGAAGUCAGUGAGAUUCGGUCGGUGAUGGUGGAGAAUAUUGAGAAGAUAAUGGAGAGAGGUGAUAGGAUUGAGCUUCUUGUUGAUAAAACUGCUACUAUGCAAGAUAAUUCGUUUCAUUUCAGGAAACAAUCUAAGCGCUUACGUCGAGCUCUUUGGAUGAAAAACGCUAAGCUCUUGGUAGUGUUGACGUGCUUGAUAGUUCUUGUCCUGUACAUCAUAAUCGCGUCUUUCUGUGGAGGCAUCACACUAUCUUCAUGCAGAUCUUAA